AUGCCGUCGCUGACCGCUGGCGGCCUUCCGUCUGCGGCGGCUCCGCGGUCUGGCGCGCAACGCGUGGAGGCAGAACGGCGCGCGUCCGCUGGAGGUGCAGAGAGAGGAAGCUGCGAAUGUCCGCGCGACCAGGAAGCCGAGCGCCUCGCGAAGAAGCCGCGGUUGGACCAGGGCCCCCUACGCAGCUCGCCCCACACGGCGACAGGGUCUCCCCACUCGCCGGCGGCCGCGGAGUCUCGAGCCCCAGCGGGCGCCGCUGCGUCGAGUUCCUCCGGCUCCGCCUCCUUGCCUGCUUGCGUGGUGACCCCGGGGCCUUCUUCCGCUGCCGCCUCGUCGCUUGAGCCGCGCGACGUCUGCGAGAACUUUGAGAGCGAGGAAGGCAUGGACGUGCGGUUUCCGCUGCGCGCGCUGGAGAGCAACUUUCGCUGCCGCCUAUGCUCAGGCUACUUCCGCGAAGUCGUCACCGUGAAAGACUGUCUCCACUCCUUCUGCAAACACUGCCUAUACAGACGCGCUGAAAAGGGCGAACUCGAGGAGACGUGCUGUCCGCGCUGCGAAGAAAAACUCGCCCAUCCCAACGGGAGUGAGGCGCGACACACGUUGGUUCGAAUUUCGGCGUCCGCAGUUGCAGAGGCUGGCGGGAGCCUGGGUGCCUCGGCGUCCUCGGCCCUGGGGGCGGGGUCGGCGGGGAAUGUCUCCGCGGGUGUCUUCUCUUCGGGCCCCGCCUCCGGAGCCCCAGCCGCGACCGCGCCCGUGCUCUUCGACCGCGCGGUGCAGAACUUGAUUGACAAGCUCUUUCCGCAGUUUUCCCGAGAAGAGGCCUUAGAGAAGGAGGAGCUGCGGCGAUUCCUCCUCGGUGAGCCAGCAUACGACCUCGCAGCGGCAGAAGCAGCCGCCGCCAGCGCCUGGGAAAGCGACGCGCACGCGCGGGCUCCAUCGACCUCGCCGUCUGGACCUGAGGGACAGCGACCGGCAGACGCGCCGUUUGCACUCCUAGGUGAGUCGCCUCGAGGCACGCCGACGAAUCUGGCGUCGUGUCCCUGGCCGUCUUCGCUGGCUUCGUCGCCCUCUCCGUCCGCUGGUUCCCCCGCCGGCAAGACGGAGACACCUGGGGCGCGCCCCAUAGGUGUCUCUUCGCCCUGGGGCCCGCACGAGGGGCUGUCCCCGCGGGGGGAGACGGGGGCGAGUGUGGGGUCGUGGGGGCGCAAGGGCGCGCGAGAGGAGGAGCGCGGCGAGGAGGGGCAGAGCGUGGUAGCCGUCGUGGAGCCCUCCCGUGAAGAAGUCUUGGAGGAACUAGUCAAAGGAACGCUGCCCCUCUUCGACGAAGAAGAGACGCUGGCGGUGGCGCUGCUGCCGGAUCAGAUGCAGGCGGUGGCGCUGCUCUCGCACCUCCAGUCCCUCUCUGCCUCACUACCCCCACGCGAGCCGAGAGGAGACCCCGAGGCGAAGCCGCAGCCCGGCGCGACGGGCGACGCCGGUAGGUCAUCUGAGGAGCCCCGCGGAGGUGGUAGGCGCGACCGCGAAGGGCCUGCGCAGGGGGGCAUGACGGACGAGGUGUCGGGCGCCGGAGAGAAGUCCGUCUUCGCCGCCAUUGAAGGGCUGCGGCGGCGACUGGAGGACACGAGACUGGCGGAACUCCGCAGACGCGACGCGGCGGCGUCGGCCUCACAAGCUGGCGCCCCGGCUUCCUCCGGCGUGCCUUCGUCCCUCUGGCCUGUCCAGCUGCCGGCGCUGCGGCAGGGGUACCUCCGCGUGAACCGCCGAAUGCCUGUCAUGCAUUUGCUUCGCUACUUGGCUGUUCAGCUGCUGGCGCUCUUCCGCUCCACGGCGGAGACCGACGGCCGGCGAGAGAGCGGAGAAUCGAAACGCGGAGGCGCCUCGGAGGCGCCCGACGGGAACCGACGCACUGUCGAGGCGUCUCCGUCCGCGGCGUCGCGUUCGCCCCCUGCCGCCGUGGGGCCGGUUUCGCGCAGUCUGCUGGCUGAGUUGGAGAGCUCACUGGAGCUCACGCUGGAAGGGAGCGUGGUUGGGCGGAGUCACACGCUGCAGUUUCUAUGUAAGGCCCGCCGCCUCGCCUUCUCCGGCAAAUGUCUCCUUCUCGCGUACCAGUGGAAUGCGCAGGCAGAGACGCGGCGCAUUCAAGACGCGCUCGACUUGCUCAAGCGCAGAUAA